UGUCACUGUCAGCUAUCAAAUUGGUGGUGGCAGAUGUCAACUAUCAAGCGAAAAAAUCGGCUUUCUUAUGAAUUUCGGCGGAAAAUGUUGUGAAUUUACUUUACAAUCUUAAAAUAGCUUUUUUCAUAGAGAAAAGGAUUUUAAUUUAAAACAACCAUGGAUGACCAAGCUUGUCCACGUUGUAAAACAACGAAAUACAGAAAUCCAUCUCUGAAGUUGAUGGUAAACGUAUGUGGCCAUGCUUUGUGUGAAAGUUGUGUUGAUUUGUUGUUUUUAAAAGGUUCCGGAUCUUGUCCCGAGUGCAAUGUUCCAUUACGGCGAAGUAAUUUCAGAGUCCAAUUAUUCGAAGAUCCAAUGGUUGAGAAAGAAAUUGACAUCAGAAAACGAGUUCUAAAAGACUAUAACAAAAAAGAAGAAGAUUUCGCCACAUUACGCGAAUACAAUGAUUAUUUAGAAGAAAUAGAAACUAUUGUCUAUAACUUAACUAAUAACAUAGACAUUGUUGGCACUAACAAACGGAUAGAACAGUACAAAAAGGAUAACAAAGAAAUUAUAAUGAAAAACAAAGUUAAAAUUGGCAGAGAAGAAGUAGAACUAGAAGAGAUUUUAGAAAUAGAAAAACAAAUGGAAGAACUCCGCAGAGCAGAGAUAACACGCCUAGAGCAGGAAGCAAAGAAACAGAAGAUUCGUGAGAAGGAAGCACUAAUUGAUGAGCUCAUGUUUGCUGAUGGUGAUGCCAAAGAUAUAUUAAAUACAUUUGCACAGAAUAAGGCCAGUAAGCAAGAGGAGUUGGUUCCUGUUGUGCCUAAGGUAACGCAAUUCUCAACUGGUGUGAAAUUCACUCGAGUGUCAACACAACCGACAUUGCCGCUUAUAGAAGAAGGGCCAUUGUACAAGUACGAACCACUGGCUGUACCAGACAGAUGCGGACCUGAUCCACCUUCCAUUGAAGAUAUUGUUGCUUGUGGAUAUCUGAAACACGUUAGAGCCGAAACGGAAACAGAGAAGGCCGGUGGCUACAAAUCAACAUUGCCAUGUCUACGUGCUUUACAAGAUGCGUUGGCCGGCCUGUAUCACGCCAGCUGACCAGACGCGAUCAACGCUGAUACUGUUAUAGUACUAGAUUGAGAUCGAUAGAUGGUGCUAGUGUGCUAAGGGUCUUUGAUUGAUGUUGAUGGUUUAUAAUUGUUUUUUAUUUUUAUUUUUAGGGUCUGUUUACAGUUUGGCAUGUAAGACCAAGAAUAAACUGUGGUUUUUCUUUGUUUCUUAACUUGUUGCUCCAAGCGGGAAUUUUUACGACACUGAAGCAAAUUCCGGUCGCUAAUACCGUGCCGUAAAAAUGGUAGCUAUACUAUGUUCAAUAUAACUUUUUUUUGUUCUUAAUAUUGAAAAACAAAUGUUGAUGUCAUUUAAGCACAUUUUAAAGAUAUCAAGUUUUUUGGAACAAACUGUAGGUACUGUACUAUUAUCACUUUUCCCGCCUUGUGAACUCGAACGAUUCUUGUAUCGGUCUGCGUCUAUGGCUUUUAAAUGUUUGGAGUAAUGUUAAGUUUGGGAUAGUGGCUAAUGUUUGCCAGAACGUCCUGCUAUAUAACAUGAGAUGCUUAUAAUUAGCGGAAGAAAAUUUUACGUUUAAUUUGUGAACACCUUCAAAUUAUUGGUGUGUUGUUAUUUUUGUUAAACAAACCAUCUUACAUCAACAGUCCCUAAAACUACACUAGCGCCACUACUCAUCUAGUGGGUAUAAGUGUAACUUGUAUGAUUGUUAACAACAGCUCUUAACAAAACAGUAUUGCGUUGAAAUAUGAAACUACCAAAUGGGAAAGGUAUGAGAAACUUAUUUGUAUGUAGGAUAUUAACAGCUUAUCAAAUCUCUAAGCUUAAAUUACCAUAUUGUGUCGAACCUUAACCUGUCAAACGUUUAUGGAAUAUACGGGUACACAUUGAAAAAAGUUAGUAAAACGUCAUCAGAAAUUCCAUCGACUUUUGAGAGGUUGAAAGGUAUGCGUCUAUGAUGUUAGAAUUCGAGAUUUGAAUAUUUUAGAUUGAAGAGGAAACAUGUUUAUUCUGCACUGCACCUUGAACCAAAAGUAUUGCCAACAUUACACUGAGCUUCGUAAAUCUCAAGAUUCUCAAGAAGCGUUAUUGAGGAGGUCUUCGAUGUUUGAAAUAUACAUAUUUUACUGAGAUUGUACCUAUUUGAUUGAAAUUGUACCAGAUGGUUGGUCAUUUAAUUUUAAUCUUUUAUUGUGGUGCGAUAUAGGAUAAAUGUGUUACCUCAAUUCUCUUAAGGAUGGUUGUGUAAAUACGUAUUGUAUUUAAGACUAUAGGAUUGUAGGUAUUGAAGAAAAUACAGAGAAAAUUUAUCUUGUAUAGGAAGUAAUAAAUUAUAACAUACGACCCAUGUAAACAGUUAAAAAACGCUCGACUAUUUUCAAUGUUCGCCGGGGCUUAUAACGGGAGCUACGAGCAAAUGACAUUAGCAGCUACGCGAUAGAAGUCCAUAAUUUUUAAAACGUAAAAGCGUAUGUUUUAUCAUCUUCUUUCUCUUAUAUCUUCGAUAUCGCCAUCCUUGUCUAAUGAUGUUUCUCUAAGAAUGUUGCUAAUGUAAAUAAAUGUACAUAAGUUUUAAUUUAAAGUUAACUUGGUACUUGUUUACAUACAUUGUCGGGUCGUUAGAUGUGUUGUUGUGUUGUUAUUUGCUGUUGUUUUGUGAUAAUUAAAGUGAGUGCGA